AAAACAAAGAAUGUUACUUCACAAUCGAGCCGAUAUUAUACUCUCAAAAGAAUCUGGCAGUUGAAUACAAAUUUCCUAUCCUUUUCUAUGUAAUUAGAUUUGGAUUUGGACCCAUUUCUACCACAAAAUUAGGAGUACAAAAGAAAAGGCUUUGUAGUUUUCCCUACGAUCGCGAAAACUUUGCUUCUAACGACGACGAAGGCGAUCUUCAAAACUCCAACACCGAGAAAAUCGAAAUGACCGAGGUCAAACCGAGCCUAAUCGAAGCGAUCUAUGAAGACGACAAGGCUCAACUCCUAACGCAUACGAAGAGGCUCUUCCAGAGCGGUUCGGAGCCCUUGGACCGGCGCGUCGUGUCGAAGCUCCUCCAGCUCUGCUGCGCGUCCGACUCGGUGGAGUGCGCCUCGGCAUUGGUGAACGGAGAGUUCGGAACGGUGCCGUUGGUGAAUGAGACGAACGAGGCGGGGUGGUCGCCGCUGCACACGGCGGCCAAAUCUCACGCGAAACGGUGUGUUGAAGUGCUGCUCAAGAAACGUGCUCGUACGGACCUGAAGACCAAGGACGGCCGCUCACUGCUUCCUCUGCAGCUGUCUCUUUCUUGCAGUAGGAUGGAGGUGAUUUGGAAUCCGGAUGACUACUCCAUUGAGGACUUGGUCGUUCUUCUCACUGAAAAGGAUUUGACCACGGUAAGGCUUCUUAGUGAGAAAACGAAGGCAAUAGCUGAGGUGGCGUACGCAAACGCCGUCCAAGGCCGUAUAGUUCCGUUAGCAGCUCUGCUCAUAGUAGCGCCGGAGAAGGUUAACGAAGGGGUUCUGGAGUUGCGAGACUCCGACUCGGGAUCCAAAGAAAAUACGACCAUAUACGAAGGUGUGAUAAGGGAGGCCUUGUCCUUGGGCCGCCAAACGACGACGUCCAGAGCGGCCAAACGGAGCUGUUCCCCGACCCAAGGCGAGAAGGCCGAGAGGAGGAAGCUCUUGCUGCGCGAGAUAGAGUUGCUCCAGCUCUUCGGAGCGGUGGCCUCGAGCGGUUCUACGGACAGGAGGGUGACGUCGCCACUGAUCCGUGCAUGCCAGGCCGGAGAUGUGACCAUCGUCGAGCUACUUUUGAAGACAAACAUAGAUAUAAACGACAUUGAUGCUGAAGGAAACUCUGCUCUUCAUUGGUCCCUUAAGACGUCUCCUCAGCAGAUGAAAAUUGCAUUUCUCCUUCUGAGGCAUGACGCCCGAGUAAGCCAAAAGAAUAAAUUGGGGUUGACUGCUCUUCAUCUUGCUGCCGCUAAUGGAAACUCACAGGCACUUCAUACCUUUCUAUUGGAAGACCCAGAUGCUAUCAACUACAAAACAGAAACGAAAGAAACUCCACUGUUUUUUGCAGUGAAGAAUGACCAUAUUGAGUGUGCUGAGCUUCUUUUGCGAUGGGGAGCAAAUAGCGAAGUCCUCAAUUUGCGUAGACAGAGACCUAUAGACAUGGCAAAGUCUCAAGAUAUGCGGUUCAUGUUGAGUCCAACUAAUAUUAGCCACAUGAAUCGUGCUUUGCCUGUUCAACAGAAACAUAGUACUUGUUUUCAAGAUGAUGAGAUGAUUUCGGAAACCUGUGAUGCACUUCUGAACAUGACAGAUGAAGACACCGCUACGGAUAGCACAAAGGCUGAGAUCUGUAAAUACUUUAGAUCCCCUCGUGGUUGCAUUAGAGGGGAUCAGUGCUUUUAUGCGCAUGGUGAAAAGGAGCUUCGGCAGAUGGAACAGGGAACACAUCUGACUAAUUCUCCUGUUGCAAAGGAAUUUAGACGGAAAAUCUUUGUUGGAGGUCUCCCUCUUACGUUGGACUCUGACUCGUUGGCUAAAUUUUUUGAAGAAAAAUUUGGUGCUGUAGAAGAUGCUAUUGUUAUGGGAAUUCAAGAAGGAGAAGAAAUAAAAUCUCGAGGAUUUGGCUUCGUCACCUUCAAACAAGAGAAAUCUGUUUCAACGGCUGUUGAGACACACUUUGUUAUUAUUUUUGGCAAGCAAGUUGAGAUUAAAAGCGUAAUCCCAAAACGCUUACUCACUGAGUUCCAGAAACUGUCAGCACAACAACAUCAACCAAAACAGAAUUGCCAACACGAACCUCAAGCAAAAAUACCCAGUGAUGAGAAGAUUACAGAAAAGAUUGAAGUUGAACAGAUGUCUUGGGUUGGUAGAUUAUUUCAUGGCCAACCGAAGACAUUUUCCAAUGAACUUCAAGAACACAUUAGCCCCAACUUUGACGAAAGUAUGCCUGCAUGGCUCAGGAUUUUCAAGAAGUGGCUGCCGCGCCACUUAUAUGAUCAAUCAACACGUUUGAAGGAAGGAGAUCAAUAUGCUCUCUCAUCUCUUAAAGGUGAUUUCAGGGCAACAUUUGGCUUGGAAUUAGAUCAUGCAUCUCUCGGCUACUCCAAGCUUAGUGACUUCAUGAAAUCUCUGCCUGGAAUUUGUCGCAUGGAGGUUGUCCCCAUAGGCAAAUGUGGACCUGCCACUCAUUUGGUCCUGCUGCCCAACUUUCCCAUGCCCCAUCGCCAAUUGCCUCAUACACUCGCAACGCCCUGCACGCCAUCUAGUGAUUCUAAUUCUAAUUCUAAUUCAAAAUGCGUUCAGAACCUUCUUCAUGGGCAUCAAAAUGAUAGCUUCAUUGAUAGCAGCACUGAGGAGGCAAAACCAGCCCAUGAGUGCCCUGAAGAGAAUUCAGCUCAGAAUGAUUAUACAUUGCCUGUUGUGCAUCUGAGGUCUCUUCAAUUAUUGAAGCCAGACCCUCUCUUCCAUGGUCGACCAUGGCUACUAAAUGUAAGUGAUUUUGACACAGGAGACACUCAUGGUGAAGGAAGAGGGUGUGUAGAGGAGUUUAAAAAGAAGAACCUCAGGUAUCAAAAGAGACAUUUGGUUUUGGAGGCCCUUUGCAGAAGAAGGAACAGCACAUCGGUUUUCUUUCAUCGUGACUUUGAUUUUUACAAAGAUUAUAAGACAAGCUUCAUGAAGAGAAAGUGCUUUGCCUGCAACCAACGUGAGAUGUCAUGGGCCAACUUUCCAUGCCAACACUUGCUGUGGUGCGAUGAUUGUAAACUACAGGCCAUCUUGGCGUCUGGCGCUUCUGAGCACAGAUGUGUGGUGUGUGAUGUGAAAGUACAGAAAAUACUACCAUCGCGUGAAUUUUUUCAUCGUGCAAGUCAUGGUGUCCCCAAUGUUGAGGAGUUCCCACCUUUCAAUCCUAAUCAUAUACAAAGCCCAUACAAGAAACAGGAUAUGUCCAUUGAUUGGCAACUGAUGGGCUUGUUGCAAUCAGAGUUUCUGCGUAGCAGAGAAUAGUUGAGGUAAAUAUAGAAAAUGCUUAAACAGUAUAUGAGCAUCUUUUGUGUGAAAUACGCCCGGAAAAGAAAAAAGGACAGGGGAGACUUGGAAAUUAUUGUUGCCAUUAGGAUUGUACAAAUUUGUAUCCCCUCUCCAAAAUAUAAUCAUAGCUCUUUUGUGCUGAAAAAUACUGACCUCACAUUAAUAUAAAAAUGCCCUUUGCCUUUUGUGCAACCCUACUAGCUACUCUUUCACGGUUCUUUCUCUUAUUGAAUUCUUUAUCAAGAGACUCAGAAUAUAGGAAGAGAAUACAGUCCAAAUCCGCUUCGUGUGUGUACAGCAUUUUUUCCCCUCCAUGUGAUAGUAUUUGGUGCACUCACUGGAA